AUGGGGUGCUUUGAUUCCUUGGGAUACAUCUAUUUGGUAAUUGUUAAUGGACUAUUUAUGUUAUUUGCCAUUUUGUUGAUCGUGCCCGGGGCGGUGAUGCUCGCAGACGUCACAUACGUGAAUGAAAAAAUCGUGCCACUGAUGAAAACCCUGUCGGUGGGGAGCUUUAACGCCGCAGACCUCGCCGACGGUCUGGCCAUCACCAUGGUAGUGAUAGGGGGCUUCAUUCUCAUUAUAGCCACCCUGGGGAUUUGUGGGGCCUGUAAGAAAGCUAAGGGCUGUCUCUGUCUGUAUUCCCUCAUUGUGCUGAGUCUGCUGGUGGUUAAAGUCAUAGUGGUAGUGCUGUGGGUUUUGAUGAAUGCAGAGGUUCAGUCGUACUUAAAAUCUCAGUUGUUAUCCCAGCUAACGAAUAGAUACUCAGCGGACGACCUAACAACCGACGAAAUAUCAACAGCAUUUAACUUCAUGUUUAUGACGCUGGAGUGCUGUGCAGUAAAUGCGGUGACAGGACAGACAAAUGAUUUUGACAACACCCCCUGGAUAGCUGGAGCCGGAAGUAAACACAUCCCCAUCUUUUGUUGUUCCGGUAUAAACGCGGAUUCAGCUGGCGCCACCUACACAGCCUGUACAGACAAUGUUAGCGCCGGUUACUACGGAAUUGGUUGUUAUGAUGCUUUUUAUAACCUCAUUAUGAAAUACUCGAUAUACUACAUUGCAGUUGGAGUCACAAUACUUAUAGUCGAGACCCUAGGGGUUAUAUUUGCCUGCUGUAUGUGCAAAAAAAUUGGCAAGACGGAAAACGGAAAAGUUUAAGGGGAUA